AUCGAUUAGGUUCACUUGCCUAAAAGUAGUGCGUAUUUGGUGCAUCAUCCACCAAGAGUGAUGAAGCAUCAAAAGGUAACCAUAAGUCCAACCAUGAGAAUGGCGAUGUAGAUGAUGGAAUGUUUAAUGUCGAAGUUGGCAUAAAAAGUUGCGUUAGAAAGAAAGGCUUGCCAUACUUAGCUACAGCUUUAGAAGAAUCCAUUCCCAGCGAAGAUGAGAUAGAUGUUGACGAACCAGCCAUGAGUAUAUCAAAGAAGGCUAUUAGCUCUAGAAAAAUCAUGUCUAAGGACAAGUCCUCCUCGGUUCCAGCCAAGUUGAGUGAUAUAAAUGACAUGUGUGGUGAGGCUAAGAAAGUAAUGAUUGAGAAUGCCUUUAUAAAUCUUUGUGUGGCUAUGAGGCGCAUGGAAUUGGAGCUACUUGAGCUAGCGAAGGCAAACCUUGGCAAAGUUAGGUUCAACAUGGCUAGGAGUGGCAUGUCUGGCAACUGGGAUGAGCAAAUUGACAAGCAGGCAAACCAUGUUCUUCAACCCCCAGUGUUGAUGCACUUCAUCAAAGUAGCAAAAGUACUGACCAAGUAUUUCUUCCUCCUCCUUCAUUUUCUUUCUCCUUUACCUUUCCUUUUCUCUUACCUCUGCAAACCCAAGCCUUGGGUUUUCUCAAACAACCGAGAAGCAAAUGAGAUCGUCGUCAUCAACAACAACGAGUACAACGCCGGCGCACUCGAUACCUCUGCAAAUCCAGGCCAAUCCUUCUGCUACUACUGCUGCCGGCCUUUUUCUUCUCCUGUCAAACCCAGAUAUGGGUUUUUCUCAAACCCAGAUUCCCCCGUGAACUGCUUGGUGGGAAGGGCGGGGUUUGGUUGGUCCUUCAACUGUUGGAGUUCGGCUUCAUGUUCUUCAGCGUCGAGCGCCCAGGCGCUAGGCUUGCCCCAUGGAGAUGAGACGGUUACCACCAUUGUCAAUUCGCUCUAAGCUUUCACCUUGGGUUCGAUCCUGUCUGCUCCGAGUUUGUGUUUGUUAGAAGCAGGAACCGCUUGAGAGAGAACCCAGAAUGGCCCCUCUGCAAACCCAGAUUUAUUCUAUAUUUAUCUCCCUCUCUGAUUUAUCUCUUACUCAUUAUUUUGAAUUCUCGGCCAUAAUUCCGAUUUGAUUUCAAUUCAACGUUUCUUGCAAUUUCAUAGCUUGAUUUUCGCUUUUCUAUCCCCAUUGUUGCAUAUUGAGAGCUUGCGUUGAAGUAGGUAGCAAGAUUUGAUUUUUCAUUCUGUUCAUUAGAGUUUUCUCCUACCCACGCUAAUCUGGGUUUGCUCUAAAUUAGUGCUUUUUUGGGAUUUAGUGUGUUUUCCCUUCUGCUGUUUAUCUUGGAGCAGAUAGUCUUAUCGAGGUUUUGCUCCAAAAAAAGUUCGAUCCUUUG